UGUUUGUAGAAACCGCAUAGUACAUAUGGCCAAUUGCAUAGAACAUUGCUUGAUUCGGUGAAAUUAUUGCGAGAUAGUAACGUCUUACGUUCCAUUUUCAGUUUCUCUAAAUCGUAGUUUCCCAAGAGGACGGUAACUUUCACACCAUUGUUUUGGUGUCACUGCCGCUACUUACAGUUUUUUUUAAAUUUCUUUUGAAAAGUAUUCGUGCAAAGUAGUGAUGACUGUAACUGCUGUAAAGGAGUCAUGACUUUCCUCUCACAGUUUAAAUACGCUGAGAACUGACAUACGGAUUGUUCCUGUAUAAUUACUGCUUUUCUUUUUUAGGUUUGUAUAGGUCACUGCGAAAAUGUAGCGAAACCAGAGGGUUUUUUAAUGAUUGGAGAGUCAGUUCAAGUGGUGAGCACGCACUAACGUCUUUAGCGUAAUAUGCGAAGUCAUUCAGGAGUACAUUAAUGCAUGAACGAUCAAACGACCUCCGUGCUUAUCGCUAUUCUGUACCAUUAUCUUCUGAUAAAGCCUAACUACAACAGAAAUUAGAGAAAAGCGUCUUGCACUAAAUCUACACCAACAGUGAUAGGCGGAAAGUUCGAACGGACUGGCGCUCAAGAACGGCAUCAAGAUGUCUGAUAAGAAGCCAUUCAGCGUCUCGGGACCUCUCAAUGAGUACCGAAAGAAAGCCAGUUUUGACUGGGACAAACUGAGAUUUUCCCUGGAUAAUGAAGAAAUUCUUAAACUGAAGGCAAAAAUUUGGAGUGUGAUGGAGUCAGAUCCACUCUUCCUUCAGCCCUCACUAACACCAAGUCCUGACGAACAACAUAGAUUAACUAUGAAGCGUAUCAGGUAUCUGCAGGCCAAGAACCUUAUCUCACCAAAGGAUUUUCAUAAUAAUGUGAAGGUAAAUGCAUUAACUUCAACACUCGGUCAGUAUGAUGCUUCACUUGCUUUAAUUUACCCAAGAGAACUUACAGCAUUCCUGAGAGCAGUUAAUGACUUUGGUACCCAGCGACAUAAGAAGUAUAUACAAGACUGCUUGAACAAUAAGAUUUCUGGAUGUGUGGCAACUGAAGAGAUCUGCGGUUCUUGCAGGACAACGGCAACUUAUGACCAAACAUCACAAGAAUUUGAGCUUCAGUCUCCUGAUUUUGAAUCUGCAAAAUGUUGGCAGCCAAGACUCGGAAUUAGUGGUACACAUGCUGUGGUUUCUGCAAAUCUUAUCACUGGAGAUAGUGUGAGUCAUGGUGUGCACUACUUCUUGGUACCAAUUAGGGAUCCUAUGACUCUUAUGUCAUACUCAGGAAUUAUUGUUGGUAAUGUGGGUGAGAAGACUGGGCAAAAUGGAGUUGACACUGGGUUUCUGAUGUUCAACAAAUACCGUAUACCACAAGAAAAUUUGCUUAAUAGCCUUGCGGAUGUGUCACCUUCUGGCAGGUAUACAAGGACAGCAAAUGCCAUGACCUUUGAUGAUGUCCAAACUCAACUGGCACUUCACUAUUUGGUGACUUCUGCUAAUUUAUCGGCUGCAUUGCUGUCAAAGGCUGUAACCAUUGCAGUUCGUUACUCAGCUGUUCGGAAACAGUUUGGUCCAACACCAAACCAAGAACUUCCUGUUAUUGAAUAUCAGCUUCAACAAUGGAGACUUUUCCCCUACUUAGCAUCGAGCUUUGCUUUCAAGAUUUUUGCAGACUUUCUUGGACAGGCUCUUGACAACCAGCACCCAAAGGAUAUCAUUGCAGCAAAGGAGCUACAACAGAUAGCAUCAGUGGGAAAAUAUCUGGUAACUAGUGUAACGGUUGAUGGAACUCAAGAAUGCCGAGAAGCUUGUGGUGGCCACGGUUACCUUAAAGUUGCUGGCAUAGGUGACAUAAGAAAUGAUAAUGAUGGAGAGCAUGUAUCUGCUCACUGUAGUAGUACUGUACUGCGCCAGUGUAGUGAGUGGUUGCUGGAAAUAUGGUCAAAGAACAAGAAAGGUGGGCUACCUUUCUCUAGUUCUGCACUUGGAUCACUAGCAUUCAUAAGGGAGCACACUGACCUAAUGACUAAACAUUUCAGAGCUAAGUCAGUGAAUGACACAAUUGUUCCAGAAGAAUUGCUGCAAACAUAUCGUUGGCUAGUAUGUUGGCUGCUGCAGGCAACAGAAGAGAAACUAAGGAAACAAGGCCGUCAGCUUUCUGAAUGUGAAGUGUUCUGUGCAGCACCACUGGCAAGAGCAUAUAUCGAACACUUUAUCUUGCAGAAAUUUGUGGAAAAAGCAAACAGUGCAAACAAUCAUUCUGUGAAGGUUGUUCUUCGUAAACUGUGUUCCCUGUAUGGUGUAUGGUCUCUUGAAAAGCACCUGCCCUUCCUCUACCAAGGUGGCUACAUGAGUGACCGUGAGCCAGCACAUUUCAUACAAGAAGGCCUCUUACAACUCUGUGAACAACUGAAAUCUGAAGCUAUUAGUCUGGUGGAUGUUCUGGCCCCUCCAGAUAGGCUUUUGUCAUCUGUGUUGGGACAGUCUGAUGGACAUGUAUAUCGUAAUAUGCAAGCUUCAUUCUUCAGCAAUCCACAGACCUUUGAACGGCCAGCUUGGUGGAAAGAUGUUGUGUUUUGGCAGCACUCAAAACUCUGAAGAAUUUUCUAUGAAAUGGCUUGAAUUUCAUAUUUGAUGUUCAUAUACAAAAUAAUUCACUCUCAGGUGAUUGGAAUUAUGUAUAUAAAUUAGUUUCCUCAUGCACAAAGAACAGUAUCCCUACUGCCUAUUUAUAAAACAUUAAGUUGGCUUAAAACUGGGACUUACAUAUUCAUAUUUUUUAUAGAAAACCUUUCACAAACAUUCUUUUACAAAAAGAAACUUAAAUCAGUUACUUGAACUGGAGAUUAUAUGAGAGAGACACUUUUAGUAUCACUUCAAAAUGUGUCCCAGUGUCAUGCGGAGCUUAAGAAACAAGUAGCUCUCACUUUCUGCAGUCCCAGUGUUAGACGUAUAAUGGGAGGUGUAUGAAACUGCUUACAUGUGAAUAAAAAGAGACAGAAGGAAUUCAUGUUUUAGUACAGCAACCAAUAUGGUUGUGAUUCAUUUACUCUGAAGAUACAUUUUGAAGUCAGAAAUAAGAUUGAUAAUAUCUGCCACUUGAAUGUUUAAUUCUUACUACUGAAAAAGAAAGUGGUCAAUAGAAAGAUUUGUACAAAGCUAUAUUUUUAAUAAGAAUAUAUUUUUUAUAUGUGGUGAAAUAAAAUUUUAUAUUUGUCUAUUUUUAAAGGGGGUAUUUUUGUACACUUGAACAAUUAUGUGAUUGAAUAAAUAAUAUAUUUUGCUGUUGGA